UGACACAAUUCCAUGACGAAUUCAGCUGACGUGCUCAACGUGACCAGGCAUCACGUCACCGCCGGCUCUGUCAGAUGCAAACGUUUUUUUUUUCCUCAGAGCCGCUCCCUCACGAUGUUUUGGAAUAAGAAGUAGAAUUGCUUAUUUGCUGCUACCCUAGUUUAGUUUACUACUAGACCGGAGAAAGACUUGCUCGUUGACUUGCUGCUGGCCUUCCACGAUGACCUGACUGCGCGCACAUCGGGGAGGGUGCACACCGCAGAGGCUCGGCACCUUCCAGCCGCCGACGAUGGGAGUGAGAAGAGGAGGAAAAGCACAGCUGCUCAGAGAUUGGAGUGGCUUCGACGCAGCUGUGGUGCGGCCGGCAAUGGAGCCCGGCCGCGGCUAGAAGAAGCCUUGGCUGCUCACAGGACCCCGAGUCGUCCGUCUUCACACGCGUCGGAGUUGCUGUAAAAAUAUAUAGGGCAGUGGCAGUAAAAUAGUGGCGCUCCGACCGUCAGGAUUUGAUUAUGCACAGCCGCAGGGCGCACGGACUGGCCACCUUCCCUCCGGACGACGCGCCGAGUCAAGUCGUCUUAUUAUCACGCAACUCUCUUACCCAUCGUCCCACAUCUCUGCAUCACAGUGUUAAUAUUAGUAAGAAAGAGGAGCCACACUUGCUGAGAGCUUGAGAUUUGAGAGAGUGGAAUGCCCGGCGCCCCUGCGGCAAUGCCAACGGAUGAGUCCGACGAGCAGGCAACGGCGUCCGGGCAGCAGCAGCCAUGGGAGUACAGCCUGCGGAAGUACCUCCUGCUGCUGGCCACCCUGGUGGUCACCGUCACGUACGCCGCCGGCUUCAACCCGCCGGGGGGCGUCUGGCAGGUCACCCACGACGGCCAACUCGCCGGCGACCCCAUCAUCCGCCAAACCAACUACCACCGCUACCUCGCCUUCUUCUACUGCAACGCCACCGCCUUCGCCGCCUCCCUCGUCGUCAUCGUCCUCAUCCUCGUCCUCGCCAUCCGCCACGACAAGGAGAAGGAGAAGAAGAAGAAUGACGCCAUCCGGGUCGUCCUGCCGCUGCGGGGCUUCAUGGUGCUCGACCUCCUCAGCCUCGUGGGCGCCUACGGCGCCGGAACCUGCCGGGACAAGGUCUCCAUCGCCUACUCCGCGGUGCUGGUGGCCAUCGUCUUUGUCUGCAUCUUCGUUCUCAAGUUGAUGGAUUGCUGGUGCCCCGGCUCCGGUGGCGCGACAAUGCCCCUGACGAAGCCCAAGGCCGAAGAACGGCUCUGCAAGGUGCUGAUGCUCCUGGCAACGUUCGCGGUGAGCGUCACGUACGUCGCCGGUCUGAGCACGCCGGGCGGCUUCUGGGACAGCACCGGGGCCACCUACCGCCCCGGCGAUGCAAUCCUCACGGACCACCACAGCCUGCGCCUGACGGUGUUCCUGCUCUGCAACACCACGGCGUUCGCGGCGUCCCUGUUCAUCACCAUGCUGCUCAUCAUUGACGGCAAGAAGUUCCGCGAGAAGACGGCUCGCUCUCGCGUGCUCUACGGGUGCAUCAUCGUCGCGCUUGUCGGUCUCGUCGGCGCAUACACCGCUGGCAGCUGCAGGAAGACCGGCACCACCGCCAAAUUGGUCGGCCUGGUCGGCGCCGUCCUGGCAAUGGCAUACGUCCUACUCUAUGGCGGUUUCUAUACGCCAGUGAGAAAAAUUUCGUGUUCUUGUUUCAGUCCAGCAGAACGAACUGAUGAUGAUAACAGUACUAAGGAGCUUCUGGAGAAGGCUCGCUCUCUUGUUCUACUGCUCGCCACUCUUGCCGCCACCAUCACCUACACAGCAGGGCUGGACCCGCCGGGCGGCGUUUGGCAGGAGAACGGCGAUGGGCACAUGGCCGGCGACCCGAUCCUCCUCACCACAAACGCUAGGAGGUACAAGGCCUUCUUCUACUGCAACUCGAUUGCGUUUGUGGCCUCUUUGGUGGCCAUCGUCCUGGUCCAGAAGGAGAUUCUGGUCAAGCACCACGUGCUUGAGGCAGCCAUGAUACUGGACUUGUUUGGCCUCAUCGGCGCUUAUGCCGCUGGGAGCUGCCGGGACGUCAACACCUCCAUUUACGCCAUGGCAUUGGCAGGCGCCGUCCUGGUCUAUGUGGUGAUCCAUGUCGUCUUCUUCACACUGGAUCACAAGGACCAAAAAGACGACCAAGCAGAUCAGUUGCUGGAGAAGAGGCGCAAGCGGUUGCUCCUCUUUGCGAUAUUGGCCGCGACCAUCACCUACCAAGCAGGCCUCACCCCUCCCGGCGGCGUCUUGCUCAAGGACGACAAUCUCGGGCACCACGCCGGGGACCCCGUCCUCUUCUACAACUACCCAUUCCGCUACAAGGUCUUCUUCUACUGCAACUCGGUGAGCUUCAUGUUGUCCAUCGCCCUCAUCAUCCUGCUGGUGAACCCCAAUCUGUACAGGCCAGCAAUACGAAGCAAUGCGUUAUCUGUAUGUACGGCAGUGGGCUUGUUUUGCUUGACGGUGGCCUAUGCCGCCGGAAGCACGCAACACUUCAAGACAUCCGUUUAUCUCUUUGUGUUGGUCGGUGCGGUCCUCUUUGUUGCAGCUGGACUGCUGCUGGUGUUUUUGCUCACGAAGCCAAGCAAAAAUGAAGAUCCAACAGCUGAUGCGCCAUCCAUGCCCCCUGAACAGGAAGACGGGGAAGAAGAAAGGAAGAAGCACGCGAGGAGCAAGUACCUGAUGCUGCUAGGCAUCUUGGUGGCAAGUGUAGCCUACCAGGCCGGCCUGGAUCCGCCCGGCGGAGCAUGGCAGAGCGGUGGCAAUGGGUAUGAGGCGGGUGACCCGGUGAUGCACGUUAACAGGAGGCCCCGGUACCUGGUCUUCUUCUACAGCAACUCCAUUUCCUUCAUGGCUUCCAUUGUUGUCAUCAUGAUGCUGCUACCGCACUGGCUACCAAACAAGAAUGAAGAAAAAGAAUGGAGGAAAUGGUGGCUGAGGGUGAUGAACUGGACUAUCCUACUGGAUUUGGUCACUCUCCUAGUGGCCUAUGCAGCCGGCUCCAGCAGGGGGUGGAAGACGUCUGUGUAUGUCGGCUUGCUCAUACUUGCCGUUCUGGGCUACUUUGCAAUCCAUAUGACGCUGUCGAUGUGGUCUGAUUGUCGUCGUCGCCGCCGUCGUCUUCUCCGUGAGAGGCAUCAAAGGAGCCAAGGAAAUCCCUGAGUGUGAUUCAUUUUGGUAUGAUCUAGCUAGCUGUCCCUGUCUUUAGAUUCCUAGUCUAGUUGAUGUAGAAGGAUAAACCUGUAUCACAACUGGAGCAUGCCGACAUUGUUUGUGUAUCUUAAUCCACUGAUUAUGCAUGAUAGGUGAUUCUUUUUUAUCCUA